AUGACUGGCUUGGCAUCCUUAGAUGUGAUAAUUAAAGACGAAACAAGUAAGCGCAUUGAGCUGCUGGUCAAGAAACGAGUUGAGGAGGAGUUAAUAAGACGUAAAGAUGAAAUCGAAAAAGAAGUAAUUUGUCGUGUAGAAGCCGCGAAAUCCGAAAUGGAGCUGGAGUUAAUGUUUGAGUUGGAACAACAACGAGAACGUAUUCGGGAGGAGGCUCGACAUAGGGAGGAGUUUGACAAAAAGAAACGAGAAGAACUGGAAAAUAUAUUUGCAGAAAACAACAGAAGAAUUGAAGAGGCACAACGAAAACUGCUUCCAUAAAGGCUAAAAACUAUCCGCUGAAAAUUCGGUGCAAAAAUAUUAACAUUAAGAGGUCUCGCAUGGACGUUUUAUGCCUCCGCCUCAAGUGCAUAAAAUUACUCUUCCUUCAAUCCGUGGGUACAGGA